UGGGAACCUCCGUCCGCCGCGGGUGCAGCCGUAAAAAAAAAUUCUCUGGAGAGUCAAGUGCAAUUCCAGCGUCUUUGCUUUGUAGAAUGACAAUGGUCCGACCGCCCGGGCUAGGGUGGGUGCGGAGCGGCCUUGGGCAAGGAAACUGCUUCGGGUCUGCCGAAGGGCACGGCCUUUGUUCCAGAAGUCGGCUGCAGCCCGGGCCUCUGCGGGAGGGGCAGGAGAGAUCCACUUCCACCUCGGCUCUCGCCGUUCCCGCCCUGGGAAGAGGCUGGGGCCUCCGAGACGUGCGCGUCUAGAAAGUGGAUUCCGCCGGAAGGAGAAGCCGGGAACCCGGACAUUUUACGGGCGGAGGGGGUCGAUCGGCGGCCCCGGUGCGCCAGACGCGCUCACGCCGGACCCGGAGAGCUGGGGGAGGCCUCGCAUCCGCUCGCGGAGGAGCCUGGCGAACAGGUUCUGCUGCCCCCGGGGAGGACUCGGAGGGGGGCGGGGGGCCGCGCUCGACGCCUGGACCGGGUGUCCCCGGCGUCCCCGGCGUCCCUCCCCAAGCCGCUGGGGCGUGGCGGCACUCGGCGCAUCCAGGUACAAGGGCGAACCAAGAAACUGGAAGGGAAGAGGGAGAGGUUGAUGGACCGGAACAUCUGGGUCCAGCGCUGCAUCUGGACGCUGGAUCUCCGCGGCCGCGGAGGGAUGUGGCUGCUGGGCAGCCAGGUGGGCGCUGCCCAGGGCUGGCCAGUGCCGGGCAGGAGGGGGCUGGGGCGCGGGUCUCGGGGUCCCGGAAGGGCAGGAGGUGGGCGCUGCCACCCUAGGGGGCGGAGCUGGGGGCUGGGCGCCAGGGAAGGGGUGGGGCUCCGCCUCCGACUCUCGGCCUGGCCCCGGAGGGGCGGAGGCUGAGAGUCACCCGACCGCGCCCCUUCUCCUACCUCCGCUUCCCGAGCCUUUGCAGCCAGUCGGGGGAGGCGGCGUGGAGGGGGAGGGCUGUGGGGCCUGGGAACCUGGAGUUCCGGGGGCCGCCGGAUGCGGGCUGCACUUACGACUGGGAAUCUGCCACCCGCCAGGAGCUCAGCCAUGUGGGUUCCCAGCCGCCGCCACCUCUGUCUGACCUUCCUGCUAGUCUGUGUUUUAGCAGCAAUUUUCUUCCUGAACGUCUAUCAAGACCUCUUUUACAAUGGCUUAGACCUGCUGGCCCUGUGUCCAGACCAUAAUGUGGUAUCAUCUCCCGUGGCCAUAUUCUGCCUGGCGGGCACGCCGGUACACCCCAACGCCUCCGAUUCCUGUCCCAAGCAUCCUGCCUCCCUCUCCGGGACCUGGACUAUUUACCCGGAUGGCCGGUUUGGGAACCAGAUGGGACAGUAUGCCACGCUGCUGGCCCUGGCGCAGCUCAACGGCCGCCAGGCCUUCAUCCAGCCUGCCAUGCACGCCGUCCUGGCCCCCGUGUUCCGCAUCACGCUGCCUGUCCUGGCGCCCGAGGUGGACAGGCACGCGCCUUGGCGGGAGCUGGAGCUUCACGACUGGAUGUCCGAGGAUUAUGCCCACUUGAAGGAGCCCUGGCUGAAGCUCACCGGCUUCCCCUGCUCCUGGACCUUCUUCCACCACCUCCGGGAGCAGAUCCGCAACGAGUUCACCCUGCAUGACCACCUUCGGCAAGAGGCCCAGGGGGUACUGAGUCAGUUCCGUCUUCCCCGCACAGGGGACCGCCCCAGCACCUUCGUGGGGGUCCACGUGCGCCGCGGGGACUAUCUGCGUGUGAUGCCCAAGCGCUGGAAGGGGGUGGUGGGUGAUGGCGCUUACCUCCAGCAGGCUAUGGACUGGUUCCGGGCCCGAUACGAAGCCCCCGUCUUUGUGGUCACCAGCAACGGCAUGGAGUGGUGCCGGAAGAACAUCGACACCUCCCGGGGAGACGUGAUCUUUGCUGGCGAUGGGCGGGAGGGCGCGCCCGCCAGGGACUUCGCGCUGCUGCUGCAGUGCAACCACACCAUCAUGACCAUUGGCACCUUCGGCUUCUGGGCCGCCUACCUGGCUGGUGGAGACACCAUCUACCUGGCUAACUUCACCCUGCCCACUUCCAGCUUCCUGAAGAUCUUUAAACCCGAGGCUGCCUUCCUGCCCGAGUGGGUGGGCAUUAAUGCAGACUUGUCUCCACUCCAGAUGUUGGCUGGGCCUUGAGCCAGCCAGGAGCCUUUCUGGAAUAGCCUCGGUUAACCCAGGGCCAGCGUUGUGGGUCUCUGGAAGCCCCAGUAGCUUCUGGAGAUGCUGGUGGUCCUGUAGCAGCUGGACACUUAUUUCAAGAGUGAUUCUAAUUGGCUGGACUCAGAGGAAACCCUGCGGAGGGGCUUGCUGCAAGGGUGGAACAUUCUAGAAACAGUGGAAGAGUUUUCAUGACGGCUGGCAAUGUCUGGAGACGCUUAGGCCCACCUGUUCUUCCCAGCCCGUGUCCAGAGUACUUCUAGAGGGCUGUCUGCCCCCUUCCCCAGGAAACUCCUUGCUCCAGUGUUGACUGUCUAGAAGAGAUAUUUCUCCUCCCCCUGGGGUGUCAGGACUGAAGAAACUCUUGGAGGUUGUGGGGCAAGCACUCACCAACCCCCCCCCCCCCCCGUUUCUCCAAGGGCUCUGGGGGAAGGUUUGCUCUAGAGAGGGUCAGUGGUAGGGUCUGUAAAGAACCCUGCUGGCCCCUUCCAGAGGGGAGGGGAUUCUGGAAUUCUCGAUAACCUCCGCCAAGAAGCCGAUGAGGGUACAACCAGAAGCUCACCACCUCACCACUGCUAGAAAGGUUGAUGGAAGACAAACUACCUGUGUAGCUGGGGUGGUUUGGGAGCAGGGCGGAACUUCCCCCAACCUUCCAUCCCCCAGAAAACCACAAACCACAGAUAUGCUAAAAUAUGGGAGGAGAAGGAAAAGGAUGGCUGCUGAAUGGUGCAGGUUAUGGAGCAAGGCUCUGCAGAAAUCUAGGGACACUUUUUUUUUUUUUAAGCCCCCAAACUGCCAACGGUAGGUAGGCGUGCAUAUGUUGGCUCUGUGUUCUUUUCCUCUCCCACUGAAGGAUAUUUCCUCCUUGGCAGCUGGGCUGCUGAGGCUGAUGGGGUCGAUUUACCAAACGCCACUUGGCAUAAGGGUGCCCAUUGCAGAGAUGCGCCCAUAUCGUGCCUCUUGCUAACCCCUAUCUGCCCCAAAUCCACACGACCAUGAAAUCUGGCUUUGGACAAGCCAGGAAUGGAAGGCUCUGAAGGUAUGUAGCCCAUGGCCUGGCCUCCAAGCCAGGCAGGAGCACAGGGUCUGGCCAAAGAGGAUGGGACACUUGACUCAGGUUUUAGGAUCCUCCUGAUGCGUUUUGAAGGGGUGAAGGCAGAUGCUUUUAUGAUAGAGUUGUCUGAGAAUCUAAGCCCUCUUCUAGUCUUCUCAGGGAAUUUGUGGGCACCGGUCCCUACUCAGUUGCCCUAGGUGGGAGAGAGGGAAGUAUGAAUUAAAAGUCCACAUCACCAA